CUCUGACACUCGCUCUUGUCCGUCUCUUCCUCUAUCUGCUCUAUAUUCUCGUUUUUUCUUCGUCUUCUUUUACUUCUCUCUCUUCUCAGAAACAGGGUACUCUUUCUGCUCUGCUUCGGAUAACCUUCGAUAUUGAGGACGCUUAAUUACACUCACCACCCUGCAGUGCCGCUUAGCUCUCUCUCACUUACCCACCAUGGCCCCUAAGAAAAUUUUAUCCAUUGUUUACAUUUUCCUUGCCAUCACAUUUCUACUAAAGUUCCAGUCUAUUGAAGGACGACAACUGAUGAACUAUGAUGCUGUUAAGGUUACAAGCAGCGUGCAUGGUGAUUUUGUUACCAUUCCAACACCACAAAACUCAAACAACAGCGGAAUUGUUGAUAAAAGUGACCCCCUAAACAGCGCUCCUCCCGCGCCACAAGCCCAACAUCCCAUUCACAAUUAAUUUCUUAUCCUUGUAAAGGAGCUUAAUAAGGCCGGAUCUGAUUGGAAAGCUGUGCUUGAUAUUUGGCUGUUUAGAAGAUAGUGUAGACAAUAUAUUUUUAGAAUUCCCGCUUUUGUGUUGUGUUUGGUGGCAAAUUGGUGGCUUGAUUAAUAUCUAUGUUUCAGUGAAUUGAGGCAGUAUAAAUGGAUUGUGUCUGC